AUGGAAUCCACAGAGGACGAGCAACUCGAGCGAGUCAACUCACUCCCCGACCUCGAACUGGCGUCCACAAGCUCGAGCCCGUCCUCGAUACUCACCGCAGAUGACUCUAGAAGCACCACGAGCUCCGGAGAGGUCUCUAGAACGACGACGAGCAGCUCCGGCGAGAUUCCGGCGUUGCUGGUGCCGGUUCUGGUGGACCGGACGCUCCUGACCGGAGACGAGCUGAGAGUGGCGGUGGCGAGGCCCAAGUGCGUCGGGAGGAACAACAAGGGAGUGACUUGGGGCUUCACUUCGGUGAUUGGGAGAAGGAGAGAGAUGGAGGACGCCGUCGCUGUGAUUCCUGGCUUCAUGUCUCGCACAUGCGAUCACGUGGGCGGUUGUAUGGCCCCCGGUUCCAAAACCUCUUCUGAGAUCUCCCCCGUUCAUUUCUUCGGCGUCUACGACGGCCAUGGCGGCAAUCAGGUGGCUAAAUUUUGUGCUGAGCGGAUGCAUGAAGUGAUAGCACAAGAGUGGGAUCGGGAGACGGUUGAUGGCUACGAAUGGCAGAGGAAGUGGGAAACAGCAUUCUCAAUUGGUUUUGAGAAGGCUGACAAUGAGCUCCUUGAGGAGGCUAUUGCACCAGAGAUGGUUGGUUCAACUGCAGUUGUUGCCAUUCUAUCUGGUUGCCAGAUUAUCACAUCUAAUUGUGGUGACUCGAGGGCAAUUCUUUGCCGAGGGACAGAAACAAUCCCCUUAACUGUUGAUCAGAAGCCUGAUAGAGAAGACGAACUCCUGAGGAUUGAAGGAGGGGGAGGGAAAGUCAUAAACUGGAAUGGUGCUAGGGUGUUUGGAGUUCUUGCCAUGUCCAGAGCUAUAGGUGAUCGGUAUCUAAGGCCGUGGAUAAUUCCAGUCCCUGAGAUUUCAUUCACGACAAGGACCGAUGAGGACGAGUGUUUGAUUUUGGCAAGUGAUGGACUUUGGGAUGUCAUGACUAAUGAAGAAGUGGGAGAGGUGGCUCGGCAUCUUCUAAGAAGGCGGCGAAGGUCAAUCUCCAGUUUGACUGAUGACAUUCCUCCGGCACAAGCUGUUGCUGAUUAUCUCACUGAAAUAGCAUAUGGAAGAAACAGUUCCGAUAACAUAUCCAUCAUUGUUGUUGAUCUGAAAGCAAAAAGAAAACGCCAGCAAAGGCAAUGA